GUCCCGAUUCGGCGCUGGACGGCAGUGACCAAAGUGUCUUUCCCAAUUGAGUCUCGAGCCACUCAGCUUGUUUUCGGCAUGUUCAGCAUAGUCAGUUGGAAUUGAGACCCUGCAUAUCAGUACAGCAAACAGGAGAAAAGUGGCACGCAUGCCAUUACAUGUGAAAUUGCAAACACAUCUAACCGCCUGAACGACUGAAAGCCGAGUAUGACCUUACUACGACUUUAUGCAGCGCGGGCUGCGCCGGUGUGUCGGCAAUACACUCGGGAUCAUUCCACAUUCCAAUCUGCUUGCAGACGAGGGCAACUGUCAACACCUCUGUCACUUGCGAGCUAUCGACCGCAAACCACCCAGCUCAUCAAGUCAAUACGAAAAAACUCGACAAACUUGCAGUCGGGAGUAGCGGCAGCGACAGCAUUACAAGAUGGACCGUCGAAACCACUUCCCGAUUACAAGCCACCAACCACCGGCUUCCUGUCAUAUCUGCCUCAGAAAGCUGUUCCUUACGGCGAGCUGAUGAGAUUGGACAAGCCGGCCGGUACAUACUACCUCUUCUUUCCUUGCAUGUUCAGCACACUUCUAGCUGCAACUAUGGCCACCCCUCUCGCUGCACCGUCCGCAGUCAUCAGCACAACAGCCCUCUUUUUCACAGGAGCUCUCGUAAUGAGAGGCGCCGGAUGCACAAUUAACGAUCUUUGGGACCGCAACCUGGAUCCCCAUGUCGAACGCACGCGAUUACGUCCCAUAGCUAGACGAGCAAUCACACCCCAGCAGGCUAUUGUCUUCCUCGGAGGACAGCUUACGACUGGUUUGGCCGUUCUUCUAUCACUCCCAUUCGAAUGCUUCUGGUACGCAACACCGUCACUUGUUCUCGUUACGCUCUAUCCUUUGGCGAAACGGGUAACAUACUAUCCUCAAUUCGUCCUCGGUCUUACGUUCUCUUGGGGUGCGAUGAUGGGCUUCCCUGCGUUGGGUGUCGACCUGCUAGCGAAUCAAGCAGCGCUCACAGCGGCAGCUUGUCUAUACGCUAGUAACGUGGCAUGGACUGUUCUGUACGACAUGAUCUAUGCACACAUGGAUAUCAAAGAUGAUGUCAAAGCUGGCAUCAAGAGCAUUGCCCUCAAGCAUGAGAAAGAAACCAAGAUGGUGUUGUCGGGUCUGGCCGUUGUUCAGCUCGGUCUAUUAUCCGCUACCGGAGUCGCAGCAGGCUUAGGACCGGUCUACUUCGUCGGCUCAGUCGGGGGAGCAGCAGCCACCCUAGGAACAAUGAUCCGACGAGUGAAGCUGAAGGAAGUCAAGAACUGCUGGUGGUGGUUCGUGAAUGGUGCAUGGUUUACUGGCGGAGCGAUCAGUCUGGGUCUCGCAGGAGAGUAUGUCGCGCACCUCCUCGGUUGUUAUGGUGAUGUAGAGGAGGCAAAAAGGUCCAUAGCCAUUUGAGACUGAUUUGUCUGUCGCGUGAUGAGAUGUGUUUAUCAUCCGAAGAAUAGGUCAGAGCGAACCCAAAAGUCUACGAGUACAUUGACGACUCUGUACAGAUAUCCAUGUACCAUUACUAGCCACGCUCUCAUGACGUGAGGCUCAUUACUCGGCAACGCGAUUAGAUGCGCCUUUCGUACCAUACAGACAUCGUCGUUCAUCACGGUUGUUUCCGCUUUACAAAUGAGACCCAGCCAACGCGACAUGUCAGUGGAUGCUCAUUGACUCCUUGUAUAAAUGCAUUUCAUGAUCGUACUCUUGCCGUAUGUUGCAACUCCGUCCCCUCUUUGCACUUUUUCGUCUAGUUGUCGAGCCCCGCCAUUGUACGUACCUCGUCCGUUGGAGAUUCAUAGUAGAGUGGUAAAGACAGCAUCGGUUGCAAUUCGAAGACAGCGUCAUCCCGAAUAAUCCCACUCGACAUUGAUUCGGCUUGGG